CUUUGGUUUGGCGGCUCAUCAGAUGAUGCCAUCGAGUUGGCGACGGAUCAGGUUGACACGUAUCUGACAUGGGGAGAACCUCCUGCGGCAGUCAAAGCAAAAAUUGACACUGUACGUGCCAAAGCUGAGGCCAAAGGCCGUACGCUCAACUAUGGUAUCCGUCUGCAUGUGAUUGUACGUGAAACCAAUGAACAAGCAUGGCAAGCGGCAGAAGAGCUCAUUCAAUAUGUCGAUGAUGCCACCAUUGCUGCAGCACAGGCAAAAUUUAAGAGCAUGGACUCGGUCGGCCAACGUCGCAUGGCCGAACUACACAAUGGUGACCGCAGUAAACUUGAAGUAUCUCCCAACCUUUGGGCUGGUGUUGGACUGGUUCGUGGGGGUGCAGGUACGGCAUUGGUCGGCGACCCUGAAACGGUUGCAGCCCGUAUUCAAGAAUAUGCCGACUUGGGCAUCAGCACCUUUAUUUUCUCAGGCUAUCCACAUCUUGAAGAGUCGAUUCGUUUUGCCGAGUUGGUGUUCCCACUCCUGCCACUUGAAACUCAAACA